UGAGUAUUCUCAAAAUUUAAGGAAAGAGCUUCAACGAACCCAUCAUGGGGGACGCAAAGCUCUGCCUUUUGCUACUUCUGAGCACCCUUGCCAUGGCCUGUAAGUACCUUUCUGACCUUUCCCUCCUUCUGGAAAACGUGGUUGAUUAACUGUCUAUAGAACUCGUUUUUUGUAACACUUAUCAUAUGUUUUAAUUUGGAGAGGUUUAUAGUUUUCAACAGAUGCCAAAUAAACCAAUUUUUGUAUAAAGUGUUACAUUUUGUGUAUUUAUUGAAAUGUAAAUAUAUCACAUCGCAAAGUAUAAGCAUCUUACAUUACCCUAUAUCAGGGGCAGACAACUAUAUUCAGCCGCGGGCCGAUUUUUGUCAGAGCAGCUGGUCAGGGGGCCGAAACACAAUUAUAAUAAUUUGUACACUGCAAAUUGACCAGAACUAAGGCCAAAAAGACAUUGUAUUUGAAAAUAACAAUACAUUUUAUACUUUGAUUACAUUGAGAAACGAUCACAUAUGUCUCUUUCUUUAUUCGUGGGAAUACUUGGGAACAGAUUUCCUAAAUUAAACUAAUUUUUAGCUGAAUUCCUGUUGAUUUUACAGUAUUUUAUGACAAAAAAAUAAAUAAAAAUGUAACAAAAAACUUUGGGGGGCCAAAAGUUAUCCCUCGCUGUUGCCGCCCCCUGCCCUAUAUAAUUUAUCCCUUUCCCACUUUCCUCAUCUUCCGCCCCUCUUCCCAAUCCCAACAUUUUAAACCACACACUUAACAUUGACAUUUUAGUAAUUUUAGCAGACGCUCUUAUCCAGAGCGACUUACAGGAGCAAUUACUUAAGAUGUAUUUAACAUUUUUUACAGAUAUAAGGUUAAAGGUUUGGUGUAGCACCUUGGAAUUGUCUGCCUUUACAAUGAUUUGAAUGUACACAGGCCAAUAUCUAGUUUAGCAUUUUUCAUAGACUAAUAAGCAAGACAGUAACUAGUCACAUGUUCAAAUACAUUGUAUUUCAAAAGAAACGUACUUAUGCUUCUUUCCCUUACAGAUGCCCAAGACAAUGCUGAAGAAGAAAAUCCAACAUGCUUACGUAAGUAAAAAAAUCACAAAGGCUUUGUUUUAGCUCUAACAGAAAGCAGGCUAUUUAUUGCCAUCGGAGGCGCACCCAACAAUUACUACCGAGAUCAAUAACAGUCCAAUUCUAUGUGUUAAGCUGUAGUAUAUUUGUUUAUUUGGAAUAUAAUUAACCAUCUGUGUUAACUUUGCAAUAUAUUUCUGUCCUCCACCCUAGUGGCAAAAAGGUAUAAGAGCCUUCACAAAUAUGAAUACCAAUAUGAAGCCGAGUCCCUGAAUGCCGUGAAUGGAGCUUCCAACCUCAGGAACGGACCAAAGGGCUCUUGCAAGGUAAAUCCAUCAAUAUUACCGUAACAUCACAGUUAUGCUGCGUACAUAAGUGUGACUCAUGAAAAAACGGAAUUUCAUUGUUUUCAAUGAGACAACGACAACAAAUUCUAGCAAAUGUGGAUGCAAGCUAGCACAUUCUAAUCAUAUAGGGUAGUCAAAUCAAAUCACAUUUUUAUUCUCACAUGCGCCGAAAUGCUUACUUACAAGCCCUUAAUCAACAAUGCAGUUCAAGAAAUAGAGUUAAGAAAAUAUUUACUAAAUAAACUAAAGUAAAAAAUAAAAUAAAAGGUCUAUAACUUGGGUGGCUGGAGUCUUUGACAAUUUGUUGGGCCUUCCUCUGACGUAUAGUAUAUAGGUCCUGGAUGGCAGGAAGCUUGGCCCCAGUGAGGUACUGGGCCAUACGCACUACCCUCUAUCAGAUGCCGAGCAGUUGCCAUACCAUACCAUCGGGCGGCAGAUAGUUUAGUGGUUAAGAGCGUUGUGCCAGUAACUGAAAGGUCGCUGGUUCUAAUCCCUGAGCCAACUAGGUGAAUAAUCUGUCGGUGUGCCCUUGAGCAAGGCACUAAACCCUAAUUGCUCCUGUAAGUCGCUCUGGAUAAGAGCGUCUGCUAAAUGACUAAAAUGUAAAUGUAAUGGUUAAGAGCGUUGUGCCAGUAACUGAAAGGUCGCUGGUUCUAAUCCCUGAGCCAACUAGGUGAAUAAUCUGUCGGUGUGCCCUUGAGCAAGGCACUAAACCCUAAUUGCUCUGGAUAAGAGCGUCUGCUAAAUGACAAAAAAAAAAAAACAUAAAUACCAGGCGGUGAUGCAACCGGUCAGGAUGCUCUCAAUGGUGCAACUGUAGAACUUUUUGAGGAUCUGGGGACCCAUGCCAAAUCUUUUCAGUCUCCCGAGGGGAAAAAGGUGUUGUCAUGCCCUCUUCACGACUGUCUUGGUGUGUUUGGACCAUGAUAGUUUGUUGGGUGAUGUGGACACCAAGGAAUUUGAAACUCUGGACCCACUCCACUACAGUCCUGUCGAUGUUAAUGGGGGCCUGUUCAGCCCUCCUUUUCCUGUAGUCCACGAUCAGCUCCUUUGUCUUGCUCACAUUGAGGGAGAGGUUGUUAUCCUGGCACCACACUGCCAUGUCUCUGACCUCCUCCCUAUAGGCUGUCUCAUCGUUGUCGGUGAUCAGGCCUACCACUAUUUUGUCGUCAGCAAACUUAAUGAUGGUGUGGGAGGUGAACAGGGAGUACAGGAGGGGACUACGCACGCACCCCUGAGGGGCCCCAGUGUUGAGGAUCAGCAUGGCAGAUGUGUUGUUGCCUACCCUUACCACCUGGGGGACAGCCUUCAGGAAGCCCAGGAUCCAGUUACAGAGGGAGGUGUUUAGUCCCAGGGUCCUUAGCUUAAUGAUGAGCUUUGUGGGCGCUAUGGUGUUGAACGCUGAGCUGUAGUCAAUGAACAGCAUUCUCAUAUAGGUGUUCCUUUUGUCCAGGUGUUUCCCACCUGGACAAAAGGAACACCUAUAUGAGAAUGCUGUUCAUUGACUACAGCUCAGCGUUCAACACCAUAGCAGUGUGGAGUGUGAUUGAGAUUGCGUCAUCUGUGGAUCUGUUGGGGCGGUAUGCGAAUUGGAGUGGGUCUAGGGUUUCCGGGAUGAUGGUGUUGAUGUGAGCCAUGACCAGCCUUUCAAAGCACUUCGUAGCUACCGACGUGAGUGCUACGGGGCGGUAAUCAUUUAAGCAGGUUACCUUCGCUUUCUUGGGCAAAGGGACUAUGGUGGUCUACAUGAAACAUGUAGACCACCAUAGUCCAUUGGUUUGUGUGUAGGUAUUACAGACUCGGUCAGGGAGAGGUUGAAAAUGUCAGUGAAGACACUUUCCAGUUAGUCCGCGCAUGUUUUGAGUACACGUCCUGGUAAUCUGUCUGGCCCCGCGGCUUUGUGAAUGUUGACCUGUUUAAAGGUCUUGCUCACAACGGCUAUGGAGAGCGUGAUCACACAGUCGUCCGGAACAGCUGGUGCUCUCAUACAUGCUUCAGUGUUGCUUGCCUCGAACCGAGCAUAAAAGGCAUUUAGCUCGUCUGGUAGGCUAGCAAGCCCUGCCACAUUCGACGAGCGUCAGAGCUGGUGUGGUAGGAUUCAAUCUUUGUCCUGUAUUGACGCUUUGCUGCCGCUUUCAAGGAGCGGGACACUAAUCCGGACACUUAUAAGAUAUCCCGCUCCUUGAAAGCGGCAGCUCUAGUCUUUAGCUCGGUGCGGAUGUUGCCUGUAAUCCAUGGCUUCUGGUUGGGAUAUGUACGUCCGGUCACUGUGGGGACGACGUUGUCGAUGCACUUAUUGAUGAAGCCGGUAAUUGAGGUGGUAUACUCUUCAAUGCCAUUGGAUGAAUCCCGGAACAUAUUCCAGUCUUUGCUAGCAAAACAGUCCUGUAGCGUAGCAUCCGCGUCAUCUGACCACUUCCGUAUUGAGCGAGUCACUGGUACUUCCUGCUUUAGUUUUUGCUUGUAAGCAGGAAUCAGGAGGAUAGAAUUAUGGUCAGAUUUGCCAAAUGGAGGGCGAGGGAGAGCUUUGUAUGCGCCACUGUGUGUGGAGUAAAGGUGGUCUAGAGUUUAUUUUCUCUGGUUGCACAUGUGACAUGCUGGUAGAAAUGUGGUAAAACGGAUUUAAGUUUGCCUGCAUUAAAGUCCCCGGCCACUAGGAGCGCUGCUUCUGGUUGAGCAUUUUCUUGUUUGCUUAUGGCCUUAUACAGCUCGUUGAGUGUGGUCUUAGUGCCAGCAUUGGUUUGUGGUGGUAAAUAGACGGCUACGAAUAAUAUAGAUUAGAACUCUCUUGGUAGAUAGUGUGGUCUACAGCUUAUCAUGAGGCACUCUACCUCAGGCGAGCAAUACCUCGAGACUUUUUAAUAUUAGACAUCGCGCACCAGCUGUUAUUGACAGAAAUACACACACCCCGCCCCUCGUCUUACCAGACGUAGCUGCUCUUUCCAGCUCUAUAUUAUCCGUGUCGUCAUUCAGCCACGUGAAACAUAAGAUAUUACAGUUUUUUAUGUCCCGUUGGUAGGAUAGUCUUAAUCGUAGAUCAUCAAGAUUGUUUUCCUAUGAUUGCACGUUGGCCAAUAGUACUGAUGGUAGUGGUGGUUUACACACUCGCCUUCGAAUUCUCCGUCUUUUCUUCACACGAAUGACAGGGAUUUGGGCCUGGUCUUGAGAAAGAAGUAUAUACUUCGCGUCGGACUCAUUAAAGAAAACAUCUUCAUCCACUUUGAGGUGAGUAAUCGCUGUUCUAAUGUCCAGAAGCUCUUUUCGGUCAUAAGAGACAGAGGCAGCAACAUUACGUACAAAAUAAGUUACAAACAAUGCGAAAAAACAAACAAAUAGCAUGGUUGGUUAGGAGCCCGUAAAACGGCAGCCAUCCCUCCGGUGCCAUUUCAGGAGCAGGUAGUCCACGAGUUUUCAUGCGUUCAUGUUGUCCUGUCAGACUUUUUUUUCCAUCUCCUGUGUUUGCAGAAUUAGUAAACAGUGUAACCUCUUUGUCUCCCCCUACAGGUCGAGAUUGAAGUUCCUCAGUCUUGCAGCUACAUCCUGCGUACCACAGGCUGUAGCUUGAGUGAGGUUGUCGAUAUGGACGCAGAGGGCAACCCUGUGUUCGGACCUGCCCCCGGAUCUGAUGCCUUCGCUGCUGCCAUGGAGAAGUAAGACCCCCAGGCUGUCACACAUGCCCUAACCUAACCCUUGUCCCCAAUAUUUGUUAAAAAGACACCCAGUACUAAAAUUCAUUCUCCUCUCUUCUAUGAAGCACGUUGUAGUUUGGAGUUAACAACUGGUAACAAGCCUCUCACCUCUCUCUCCCUGCUCAGACAUCCUCUGAAGGUUGUGGUUGAGGGAGUGUACGAUGUGAAACUGUACCCUGAGGAGGAUGAGUCCAUGACCAUCCUGAACAUCAAGAGAGGUAUCGUCUCUGCCCUUGCCGUGCCCCUGCUGGAAGAGGAGAACAACAAGAAAAUGGUAUGUUGAUCUUCUCAGGAAACACCCGAAUCAUAACUACACACUUUAUCCUACAGUUUAGUUUCAGUGAUAUUACCAAGUAAUUUCUUAUUGAGUAUUUUAUUACUCCGAUGGGUCCUUUAUUACUCCAAUGGGUACUUUAUUACUCUGAUGGGUACUUUAUUCCUCUGAUGGGUACUUUAUUACUAACAGUGUGUUCCUUAUUACCUCCAUAUUAUUCAAUACAAUUGGAAACUACCUGGUAGACAAUGGUACAUAUUGGUGCUUGUUUUAUUGAAUGCAAGAUAAAAAAUGUAAUUAUUGUGUAAUAAAGUGAUAAUAAAUAAAAGGGUAUGCAUUACUGUUGGCUCGCACACAAAGGUACAAAACUAGCCAAGAAAAUUAUGUUUAUGGCUCCGCAGAGAGCAAGUUGUCGCAUCCAGUUUUUCAGAAAACAUAAAUCAGUAUUUAUAUUUAUUAAAAUAUGACGAGGAUAAUUGACUUUCUCCCCCAGCCCACCAUCCAUGGCAUGUGCAAGACCAACUACAUAGUCAACGCCAUGGAGGACAUCGCUACUGACAUCACUCUCAACAGGGACUUGUCCAAAUGCGACCACUUCAUCCCCCAGAGGGACCACACAAGCCCCCUGGCCCUCAUCUCUGGCAUGGUAAGACUGAAAGACAGUAAAAGUUGCUGGUUAGAUUCUGAAAUACACCCUAAAUGAUUUAUUAAUCCUAAUUCACUUUUUAACUCCUUUACAAAAUCCCUUCAAAGUAAUUAUCUGUCUCCGCUCCUGUAGCUGAACUACACAUUAAAUGACAACUAAUAUUCAUCCUUAUUCACUUUUUAACUCCUUAACAAAAAAAACUUUACAAUAACUAUUUCUCCUCCUACAGCACUAUCCUCUUGCUCAGCUAAUCAGAAGCUCCCAGACCUGCAACUACAAGUUUGACAAUGACAAGAAGCACAUGAUCUCUGGUGCUUGCACUGAGAACCACAUCCUGGUCCCUUUCUCUCACAAGUGAGUAACAUACAAUACUGGUCUCUCAUAAACAUUUUGUUCCAUGAAAUGCCUGCAGUAUCAGAGAUGUGAUGUAUAUAUUUUUGUCUGCCCACAGGGGAGAGUAUGGAGUUACCAACGUUGGAAAACAGUUCCUGACUCUGCUGGAGGUUUCCACAUACAAUGAGAGAGUUUUUGACCACAGUAAGUACCCCUUACAUUGCAUUCUAAUUAGGAAGAUGAUUGUCAGAGAUCAUUGAAAAAUGAUUUCACCCGCUCAGUGUCAAAACUGCUCUAUAUCUUUCUGCAGAUGUGGCCAACCUCAAGGGUCUGCCAAUGGAGGCUGCUGAGGACAAGAGCGUUGUUCAGGACAAGGAUGCUGCUCUGGCCGUCCUGAGGGAACUGGCCACUCUGUCCAAUGGUGAGAAGAGAGCCCACCUCUUCCAGCAGCUUGUGAGCAUGGUCCGUGGAAUGAAGGCUGAGACCCUGAGCCCUGCUGUCCCCGAGGCCCUGAAGGUGUCCGGACCCCUGACCUACCAGGUUCUGGCCCAGUGCGGUACCCCAGAGUGCAGCAGUGCCAUCAUGCAGAUCCUCAGGACCUUCGACAACUCUGCCUUUGAGAUUGAUGCUAUUGUGUUCGCCAUGGGACUGGUCCCCAACCCCUCUGCCCUCCUGGUCAACGACAUGCUGGCUAUGGCACAGUACAAGCAGAGCAAGCCCAUCCUGUAUGCCCUGAGCAAUGUUGUCAAGAGGUAAGCAGACAUUUUCAAGAAACACAUUUUCUAAAUGGAAGUAAGCAGGUGCAGACAAUUCAAUCUUGAGACCAUGAAAUUCAGGUAAGUUUAUAUUUCCUAUGUUGAAUUUCACAUUGUGUUCCUCAUCAGGUUCUACAAGGCCGAGGGCAAAGUGACCCCUGAGAUCGAGGCUGUGGCUGAGUUUGCGGUUGCCCAGCUGGGUGACUGCACCGGUGACAAGGAGCAGAACUUCCUGGCACUGAGGGUGAGUGUUCCAUCACUCCACCUUAGCUUUUUCACUUUUACUCACACAACAAACAACAAUUUGAAUCAGAAUUAAUGUUCUCUUCUUUCUGUUCCCCAGGUUAUUGGUAACAUGGCCGCAGCCAUGGGAGCCGCCAGUCCUGCUCUGAAGUCUGCAGUGAUCAAGUGUGUAAACGAGCCCGCCGCUUCCCUGGAAGUCCAACAGGCUGCCAUUCAGGCCUUCAGACAGACCCCUGUCCCUGAGGAGGUAACUCACUCUUUUCCUAUUAGCUUUAAAAAAUAUAUAUUGAAACCAACAACUCUUCGUUCACAGCAGUACUGUUAUACAUAUUAUCCUGGUUACAGGGCAGAGAGGUGCUCAUGCAGGUUCUUUUGAGUGGUGCUAGCCCCCUGCAGAAGCGCGUUGCUGCCUACCUGGUGCUGAUGAAGGACCCCCAGCCUGCUGAACUGGCUCAGCUGGCCGCCGCUCUGCCCAUCGAAGAAGACCAGCAGGCCAGGAGCUUUGUCAUCUCCCACCUGACUAAUAUCCUGGCAUCCACUGCACCCGAGACCCAGGAGUACGUGAGAGAUAUCAUCUGUAGUAUUUACUGCCUCAGCUAACAGAAAUAUUCAAUUUGGUUGUAUUCUCCUCAUCAUAGGUUUGACCAUGUAAUUAAUUAUUCCUUCCAUUACAGGCUGAGACAGAAGAUUCUUGAUGCCCUGCAGGGCAAUGAGGUUGGAAAUGUCAUGGAUCCCACCAAGUUCUCCCGCAACUACAAGAUCGGAUCUGUGCAAGGAAACAUGCUCUUCGAGGGCACCAGCUAUCUGCCCAAGGAAGUCAUGCUGGAGAUGACCCUGAAGGCCUUCGGCUACGAUGUUGACAUGGUGGAGGUAAAAAAUACAAUUAAAGUUGUUUCCCUAAGCUUCUUAUAGGGAUGAUAUAGGGAGUUUUUUUGCAGAAUAUACACAUAUUUUUCCGGUCAGUCUAAUGGUAAACGUUCUCUUCACUUAUAAGGUUGGCAUGGAAGGCAAAGGACUUGAGCCAACUGUUGAGGCUUUGUUCGGAGAGAACGGAUUCUUCCCUGACACAGUUCUGAAGACCGUCUACUUCGUUUCUGACAAGAUGCCCCUGCAGGUCAAUGAGGUCAUGAAGAGGAUGAUGCCCACUCUGAGGAAAGACAGAAUGAAGAGACAGGUAUUCAAACCAUACUAUGUUCUUCCUUUUUCCUUACUGAUCGUUUUAAUUAGUGUGAUUUUAAUCCUAAUUAUAUCAUUGUAGCAUGAGCUAACUGCCUCUUUCCUUGUAAAAAAAAAAAUCUGUAGGCUUCCCAGAACAUCAUGAGAGAAAUCGGCCACAACCUCAACAAACUGGUCAGGGAUCUGAAGGCUCAGGAGUCCCCUGAGGCUAUGGUUUACCUGAGAUUGCUGGGAAAUGAACUUGGAUACCUGAAGACCAAUGAGAUGGAGAAGAUGGCCAACUCUGCUGCUCUGAUGAUUGACAACAUACUCAAGAUGUUCCCCACUGAUGUAUGUACAAAUAUACAGAAAAAAGCAACAAUAUCACUUCACAUAGACAUUAAUGUUAAUUCAUCUGGCAAGAAUGACAUAUCAAUGAUCAAAAACGUAAACGCAAUUUACUAUCCUAACUCUGAAGUCUACAUGUUCCACAGCUGAUGAAGGGACUGAUGACCAACGCUGACAAUGAAGUCUUUGCCCAUUACAUCUUCAUGGAUAACGAAUUCUUCCUGCCAACUGCCACUGGUGUGCCACUGAAGAUUGCCCUGUCUGGUACCUUCACCCCUGGCAUCAAGGGAGGACUGCACAUUACACCCGACAUGGUAAACUUUUAGAUUUAUUUUCUAUUUGUAGUAACCCUAAUACAUGUGAAGUCGGUCAGUCUUAUUGCAUAUCUAUAUAAUAUACUUUGACUGAUCCCUUUCCCACAGAGCGAGGUGUCCUUCAUGCCCUCCGCUGGAAUUGAGUUUGUGACACGGGUUGGUUCCCACAUUCCUGAGUACCUUCUCUCUGGCCUGGAGAUGCACACCAGCCUGUACCACGAAAGUGGGCUCAGCGCUAAGAUCGCCAUGGCUGACAAACAGGUCAAGCUGACCAUCCCUGCUCCUCAGGGCCCUGCCAAGCUCAUCAGCAUCACGUAAGUGUCAGAGUAUCAUUCAGAUAAUACUUGAUGAAAACCAAUAUUUAUCUAUCAGAGCCUAAACAUUUAAUUUCCUCUACACGUAUUAUAGCAACAAGCUGUUCGCAGUGACCUCUGCUGAAGUGAAACCCAUCCCCUCUCUGGUGAAGGACAGAAUUGAUGUGUCUGAGUGCACUCCAUUCUUUGCUGGUAUGAAGUACUGCACAACCCUGCAGUACUCUGAUGCUAGCUCCCACGACACUGCUCCUUACUUCCCCUUCACGGGAGACAGCAAGUAAGUACUAGUCCUAUGCACAUACAUUUUAACAUGCUCCAUUUAUGUUUUCCUAUUUUCAGGGAGAAAUUGAUCUUAAGCUAUAACUUUUGGAAAUGAAACGUUUCUAUAGGCUUGCUGUGGAGCUCCACCCCACUGGUGAUGUCACUGAAUACACGGCCACCAUCGGCUACGAACUCCUCAGGGAGGGAGAAGAGGGUCGUCAGAAGGUUGACACUGUAAAGAUGGUCCUGAAGGCAGAAGGUAUAGCAUUAAAUUACAAAAGCCCUCUUUUAGAGUAACACAGUCCUUCCAUUUCUACUGUGCAAACUUUUCCUUGGUGAGUAACUUAUUUGGUUUAACCUGGACAUAGGUGCUGAACCCACUGAGGCCACAGCCACCAUGAAGUACAACAGGAGGAAGAAUGUCCUCACCACCGACAUCCAGAUCCCUGACUUUGACCUGGAGGCCGGACUCAGACUGGGUGUUGUUGAUGGCAACACCAAGGGCAAAGGAAUACACUCCAUCUCCAUUGACCUCAUCAACAAGAACAUCCCUCAGCUGUCCCUGGUUGGCCGCGCAAAGUAAGAUGACAAUGCUACCCCACAAAGUACUUCCCUGUUUUGGUUUCUUCUGUGUUCCCUUUCUUCCGAAUUCCAACUGACUCAUGGUUUUCUUCUUUGCAGAAUUGAGGCCAUGAAGGAUGCUAUGCUGCAGGUUCAGCUGCUUGUCCCUUCAAUCAAGGCUGACGCCACAGUUACAGCCAACCUGAAGCGUGGUGAGGAACUGGAACUGGAACUUGAGCUUGAGAGUGACAUCAAGCUCCCAGAGACCACCUCAGUGCAAAAGAUCACCCUAAAAUAUGGUAUGCAGGCUUUCAAUAUCGACCAACUUUUGUACAAUGAUAAACUGUUUUGCUUCUUGAUCAACUUUAACUGUAUGUUUCUGAGCACUUUGCAUGUCAAGAAUCCAUGGGCAAGUCAUUGACAUUCAAUUUAAUUUACAAUGAAUUUCUCUUCCUUUGUAGAUGACGAGAAGAUUGUGGCUGAGGUCAAGUCUGUCAUGAACUCUGAGAUCCAGAACAUCCUACCUCAUUCCGAGGUAAUACAGAAGAUGGUCAGCGAUGUUCUUGAUCAGCAGGUGGGCCAGACCGACAUGAAGCUCCGUCACAUCCUCACCAAGUCGGUGGAGGUAAAACUAAAAGAAAACAAAAAACUAAUUUUAUCUGAUCACUAUUUUGUCCUCUCUGAACUUAAUAUAUUACAAUAUAUAUUUAUAUUACAGGCAACCAACAACUACCUGGAGAAAUAUGCUGCUGAUAUCCCAUACAUACAGAACGUGAGAGUCCCUGGGAUGCCAGAGAUUAUUCUGCCAGAGAAACUGUUCCUGAAUGCGUAAGUUACAUCAAUCAACUACCAUGAGAAUAUUUUUACAUUAACUGAUUCCAUGAAUAAUUCAUUAUUAAAUAUACUUUUCUUAAACAGUGAGGCCACAGCUGCUUACCACUUCAACAAUGAGCGUAUCUUCAUCGCCAUUCCCCUGCCUCUUGGUGGAAAAUCAUCUGAGGAGCUUAACUUCCCAGCUGCCCUGACCACACCACACCUGGCUCUGCCCCAGCUUGGCCUGGACAUUGCCUCCAUGGAGAUCCCCAUCCCUGAGCUUUUCAUCCCAGAGACCCUUGAUGUGUUUGUGCCCCUCUUCGGAAAAGUUGAGGUGUCCACAAAGGUGAAGAGCAACCUUUACAACUUGGAGGGCUCAGCGUCUGCUGGCAAAGAUGCUGCUGAGACACCAAGCUAUUCUGCCAAGUUUGAUGUGACAGGCAGCUGCUCAAUGGAACUCCUGUGCAUCAAGAUUGAAGGUAGCGUUCGACCUCCAGACGUCUUAUAAUGCCUUUGUAAUUAAUAGAGAAUUACACCAUCUGGAACAUGUUUAGUUGUGCAAUAAUUAAUAACUGUUACUUCUGUGUUGUAAAUAGGAUCUGGAUUGCUUGCCAGCACUCCUGCUGAUUCCAUCAAGGCCCAUGUGAAGACCUCUGUGAGCCACAAGCUCAUUGAUGCCAGCAUUAGCAUAAGGGAAGUCGGCACUGUUACAGACAACAAGAUCAAUGUGAAAUCCAGCAGCAAAAUCGAAGCAACAAGCCCCCUUGGUCUGAGUGUAAAUCUAGAGCACACCGGCCAAGUUGGCUUCAAUACUGAAGUGUCAAUACUGGCUCCAACACUGAAGAUCUCUGGUGAUAGCAACUUGGAGGGAACAGUCAAAGCAGGACCGGUCUAUGGCACCACAUUCGCCACCCAGUCUUUUGCCAUCUUCCCAUUCAGACCAGAGGCAAAGAUUGAUUCUUCCCUGAAAAUUGAUUCAACCAUUCUUCAGGCCCAGAACACAAUUGCUGCAUCCUUUGCCAAUGGCGAGCUGUCUGUUGUAUCUAAUACCAAUGCAUUCGAAGACAUCCUGACCAAUGCUGCUGAACUUGCCUUCAAGGAUAACCAGCUGUCCCUGAAAUGUGACACCAAUGCCCUUGCCCUUGGCAUGAAGAUCCACAACCAGGCUGAGGCUUCUGUUGGCAUUGGAGCAGUCACAAUCAAGAUGGAGACCAACACUGACCACUCUGAGAAUCGCAUAUACUCUCUUGUCACUGCCUCCCUGGAUGUCAAUGGCCUGGCUGUGAACAGUGAUGCCACUGUAAAGCUGCUUGAGAACAAAGCUGCACAUAAAGCUACGCUGACAAUGAACAAGGAUGGCCUGGCCACAAGUGGAACAACCACCCUGCAAGGCCCCUUCACCAUGGAGAACACCUUCAACGGUGGACUUGAUGCCUCCAAGGCUACUCUGUCCAUUGAGACCAAGAGUGCAUUGAAUGACAUGAAGGUUGAGAAUGCCAACUCACUGACCAUCACUCUCUCCACCCUUGCCUUCAACUCAAAGGCUGAGGCCAUCAUCAGCGAGAGCACUUCCUAUACACAUGACAUCACCAUUGACCUGCAGGACUACACUGCCUCUGUAAAUGUGAACAAUGACCUGAAACUGCUGGCAGUCAACCUAGUCAACGAGAAUCAGCUAAAGGCAGAGAUCUACAAAAUUGACUUGCACUGGAAGCCUGAAGGCGGCCUAUGGUGAGGAAGAGCUCAAACAUACCUAUGAGAUCAACUAUGCAGACCUGACUGCUAAUGCUAAGUGCAGCACUACUGGAAAGCUCCUUGGUGCUCACAUGAGCCACAACACUGAGCUUGAAAUUGUUGGCCUUGCUGCAAAGAUCCACAAUGAUGCCCGCUUCAACUCCCAGCCUUUCCGCUUCGACAACACCAUCCGUGCCAGUAUUAUUCCCUUCGACUUCAACCUUGACGCCAUCUUCAAUGCUGAUGGUGACCUGACCCUGUAUGGCAAGCAAAGCGCUCAGCUCUACGGAAAGUUCCUUCUUAAAGCACAGCCCCUGGCUUUUGCCAGCUCUCAUGAAUGCAGAGCCUCCAUCACCCAGCAGCUGGAAAAUGGUUUCUCCCUGGAGACCACACUGGACAACAAGAUGGACACACUUCUGACUCCCCAGGAGCAGAGGGCCAUACUUAGGAUGAAGUCAAAGUUGAACAACCAUGCCCUCAAUCAGGAAGUGAGUGCCUACAACAAUGCUGAAAGGCUUGGACUGGAGCUGUCUGCAACCCUCCUCACUGGCCUCCUGAACACAGCUACUAGUGAAGACCAGGAAUUCACAAUCUCUGGUUUCCUGAAGUAUGAUAAGAACACUGACAGUCACAUUAUUAACCUGCCCUUCCUCGAAAGUUUGCCUGCAAUCCUGGAAAACAUCAAGAUCACUAUUGUGAGCAUGGCAGAGAAACUGCAGAAUUACAUUAACAGUGAAGAGAUCAAGGCUAAGCUUGAGGCUCUGCCCCAGCAUGUGAGUGACUUUGUUACCAAACUGAAUCUCGAGGACAAGGCUGUCCAGUUCAAACAGGACCUGAUUACCCUCACCCAGGUGUAUGUCAUUACUCUGGAAGACCUAGAGGCCUCUCUGGUGAACCUCAAGACAGCUUUUGAAAACCUGCUGAUUGAUCUGUCAUCCCGCCUUCAGGGAAUUGUUGAUGUUACCAAGGAGAUGAUUGCGAGUGGCACCCUGUCUGAAACUGUCAUCCAGAGGCUCAACCAGGAGCUGAAUGCCAUCAACAAGGAGUAUGAAUUAACUACAAUGAUUGUAGCUGUCAUUGAUGCAAUUGAAGAGCUGAUCAAGCAGAUUGACAUGCAGAAACUGAAGGACAGCAGCAUUGCACUCCUGCAUGACAUUGAUGCCAAGUUUGAAAUCAAGGCUAAGAUUGAAAAUGCAGUGAGUGAAUUGAAGCAUUUCAUUGAGAACUUUGACAGAACAAAGACUGUUGAGGUUCUGAGAAACUACAUUUCCUCCCUCAACUUGGAAGCUCAUGUUGAGCAGCUGAUGGCACACCUUCCCACUGAAGUGAUCAGCAAGAUGAUUGAGUCUGUCAAGGCAGUGAUCCAGGAAUUUGACAUCAUUGGCAAGUUGAAUGGUUUACACGCCAGGCUGAGAGGUCUGAUUGUCAAGUAUGAGGUUGACAAGAAGGUUGAAGCAGUCCUGGAGAAGGUUGUGGGUCUAAUUAAGCAGUUCAAAAUUUAUGAAACAAUUCAGGUCCUUGCUAACAACCUGAAGGCCAUCGAUAUCCCAGCGAAGGUAAUGCAGAUGCUGGAAAAAUCCAUCAACUACUUCAAAGCUACUGAGAUCAAACAGGUGAUUGAACAGCUGAACGAAUAUCUUGACUCUUUUGUCCAGAAGCUGAAGUCAUUUGAUUACAAUGCCUAUGUGGAUGAAGCCAACCAGAUGAUUGCUGAAUACACCGCUCGUGUGAAUGAGCUGAUCAAGGCACUUGAGAUCCCACAGAAACUUGAGGCUUCAAGAGAGUUUGUCAACUUUGUUGUGUCAUCUGCACAUAACUUCAUUGAACAUCUCAGGGAAAUCAAGGUUGUAGACAUGAUCAAAACAGUGAAGGACAUGGUUGACCAUGCCAUCCUUAAUGACCUUAAGGCAAUUUCUGAGAGGCUGAAGCAGAGAAUCACCGAUAUGGACCUUAGAAAUGAUAUAAUCUCAUACCUGCAGCAGGUGAGCGAACACUACACCAAGGUCAUCACUGUCAUAAAUGAGGUGUUCGGCAAUGUGAUUGAGGUGAUCCAGAAGUUUGCUGGUGAACAACAAAUUGUCAGCGAAGUCAAGCAGAUCAUUGAGGGAGUUUUUACUGGACUGAAGACAGCUGAGCUGGACUUCCCUUCAUUCACCAUCCCUCUCACAGACCUGGUAAUGCCCGCCAUGAAGAUCAGCCUAGAAAAGAUUCAGGAGUUUGAAAUUCCAACACAGCUAGAUAUCCCUGAGUUCACCAUCCUGGGUUUCCACACAGUGUCAGCCACCACCGUUUCCUUUGACGAUAUCAAGCAGAAGGUUAUAGAGCUCAUAGAUUUUAUUGUCAACUUUGAGAUCCAGAAGCUUAAUUUGGAUGUUUUCUUCAGAGACCUGACCGUGAGCUACCUGCCAACCCUACCUGAGAUUACCCUCCCAGAGAUCACAUUCCCAGAGUUAUCCUUCCCUGCCCUACCUAAGGUGGCUGCUGAGAAACUCUUAGAGAUUCCAACUCUCCAGAUCCCUGAGAUCAAGCUCCCUGCCAUCCCCAGUGAGAUCAGUUUCCCUUGCUUUGGCAAGCUCUAUGGUGAGAUCAAAGUCAUCACCCCAAUCUACAGCAUCAAGAGCUCUGCUGAGCUCUGGAACAAUACUGAAAAUGAGAUGACUCCUCAGUUCACUGCUUUCUUGGCCUCCCAGGCCACAUCACCCAGUGUUGAGAUCCUCAAUUUCAACCUGAACUCCAAUGUUCGUGUUGCCAUCCCCAAAAGGAGCCGUGUGAUUGUUGCAGAGACCAUUAAGUUCACUCACAAUGCACUUGCAGUUGAACACCAGGCAUCAGUGAUCAUCUACGGAUACUCAUCCCAGGCCUCAGCUAACACCAGAGUCAAGGCAACCACUGCACCCUACACUGCUGACAUUGUCAAUAAUGCCUUCUUUGCUAUGGAGGGUGGAAUAUCUGCCUCUGUGGACACCACCUACAACCACCAGAUCAAUAUCCCAAUCAUCGGCUUCACCAACAAAGCCUCUGUGACCCAGAAGGCUGUUACCCGCCUGGAGGACACAACAAUCACUCUGACCAUUGGAAAUGAUGGUGCUAUCAAGUUCAACUCUCACGAGGGCACACACAAGUGUGACCUUCACUUCACCAUCACUCCCAGCACUGCUAAACUGACAAUCUCUGCUGACACAGACACUGUCCUUCUGAAGAUGAAGCAGACCAUGAACGCCGAUGCAAUCAUUCUCAGUCACAUCACAUUUGAGGCCCGCUCUGAGGCAGAAGGCCCCUUCAUCAAGAACAGCCUUCUGGUGGCAUCUGGAAAUGCUAACUUGGGAGAUACGAAGAUUGAAGUGAAGGCAAACCAUGACACAGAGCUUGUUGGAGGUCUCAGUGGAAUCCUGUCCAACUCACUCACCAUUGUGAUUCGUCCUAUUGAGGUUAUCUUUGACUUCCAAAACAAGGGAAACACCAAGCUCAGCUUCAACGAGGCACUGGUGGCCAAGAUUGAUCUCCAGAAUGACUACUCUGCCACAAUCAAGCCUGAAGCUCAACAGAUCAACACUGUGGCUCUUGCCCGCUUCAACCAGUACAAAUCCUCCUACAACUUCACAAUUGACAACCACGAAAAGGAGGCUGGCAUCUUUGCUACCAUGAACGGUGAGGCUAAUCUUGAAUUCCUGACAAACCCCAUCAGCAUCCCAGAGAUUGAUCUGCCCUUCAUUAACAUGCGCGUCCCAGCCAUCAGCGAUCUGAACCUGUAUGAGCAUACUGGCUUGAAGAACAUCUUGACCACCACUGAGCAGUCUCUUGAUGUGGAUGCCAAGAUCCUGUACCAGAAGAGUCAGUUUUCCUCUCUGGGCAACCUGAUCACUGAACUCUCCCUCAAGUCACCCAUCUUCAAUCUGAAUGCCAAUGCCGGACUUUACUCUGAGGACGACCUUGUGUUCCGCCUGGGAGCUACCACAGCCUCCGUUUUUGAGGCUCUUAAGACCAAGCUUGAUGGCACCACCAGUUUGACCACAAAAAGAGGGCUUAAGCUGGCCACUGCCCUGUCCUUGGAGAAUGUCCACAUUGAGGGAAACCAUGACAGUACUUUCAGCCUAAACACUGACAACCUGGAAGCUGCUUUGUCUGUGGCUACCAUUGCAAAGAUUGCCCUACCCAUCUUCAACCUGGAAGCCAACCAGCAACUGGUUGCAGACACCAAGACCAAGCCAAAUGCUGCCUCCACACUGAAGCUGAAGGGUGAUUUCAACCUGCCCCUUAUCAAGGCAGUAGGCAGGGCAGAAGCUGACCACAGCCUGAAGCUGGAGGGAACCCUUGAGUACAUCUCUGUGGAGUCAUCCACGAAGGGCAAUAUUGAUGGCACAAUCCUGGAGCACAAUGCUGUUUUGGGAGCCCUGGACAAUGAGGCUAACAUCUACCUGAAUGCUGAUGGCCUACGCUCCACCUCAAAGAUCAUUGCCAAUGCCAAACUCAGCAACGGUGAGACAACUAUCCUGGAGAUGGAUGUGGACGAGAACCUGGCUGUUGAGGCAUCCGUGAGCCGCGUGUAUGCAGUGCUGAAAUUCACCAGCAACAAUGAGGCCAAUGUGAAUACCUUCAACACCAAGGGAAAGCAUGUAGCCCAGGCUACCAUUGACUUUGUACCAUUGACAUCACUGACUGCUGAUGUUGAGAUUGACAUGUCUCAGCCAAGCAACUUGGGUGACAUUUCCCUCUUUGAGAAGACUAUUGUCGAGCUGACAGGUCCCAAGCAGAAGAUCUCUGCCACUGCCAAGAUUGCCACCCCUGUGUACACCACAAAUCUGGCAGCUGAGUUGGAGGGUGAUGCCCCUGUCUUCAAGGGCGAACUGAAGUCAUCUGCUACCUCUGUCAUCAACUUCCUGGAUUAUGACGUGGAUGGUAAAUUAUAAAAAUGUCCUCUAUAAUGUCAUUAUUUGAUACAAAAUAAUUGUAUUUGAUGAAAUUGAAACCACUGUUUUCUGCCUCAACAGCUACCGUCACUGCAAGCUUUGAGAACGAAGCCCUGGCUGUGACUGGCAAGGCUGUCCUUACCCAUGCAGACCUGACCAUGGACAUUCAGAAUGUGAUUACCCAGGCUAUGAGGUAAACUAAUACUUUGAAACAGGCUGAUUUCAAUGCAUAAUACAUACUGAAACAAAUUAUUUAGGCUUGUUAGCACAAUGUUAAUCAAAUCAUUACAAACAUUUCGCAAUUUGAAGAUACCUGAAUAUGUAUUAAUAUGGUUUGUUUUGUCAUUUGUGCAUUUCAGGAAGAAGCGUCAAGAGGGGGGAAGGUAAUACACAAUAAUAUACCUUCAAUUUAUUCAAUCCAGGCCUGUUGCCUGAGCAACUAAAGUCUACAUCUUUUGACCUACCUUCUACUACACAAAUGUAUUACAUGUAGUUAAACUAUGAAUGAAUAGACAGCAACUGAUUACAGUGUUUUUCUUCAACUUCUUAGUGUCUCCCGGCACACCCUGAAUGUGGACAUCACCAGCCCAACCUUCACUGAUGUGAACUUCCGUUAUGCUGCCCGCAAAGACGGCGUCAGUGCUUCCAUCUCUACUCCAUCUACUGGGUUCUUGGGUCUUCAACUCCAGGGCAGGAUCCCAUCUCAGCUGAGCGCUAGACUCUACAGCCGUUAUGCUGUGAGUGUCUUUUAAUUUAAUUCAUCUUAAAAUACUCAAUACUUGUGUCCCUAUUCACAAGUCAAAUAAAUGUCACCCUAUUGUACAGGUCAAUUGAAAUGUGUUGUGUUUCUCCUAUGUCCAACAGUCUGCCCCUGAGGAUGAUGUUGACAUCUUGGUCAUCAGAGCUUCUGCCAAGGACGCCGAUAAGAUAAAACUGCAGGUUGCCUACAACAUGGAGGCCCCCCACGACAUGCUCCUCGGCCUGAAGGAGAGACUCCCUGCCAUCACAUCCACCCUGACCAACUUCGCCGACAAGUACGAGAUCUUCAGGCACGUGGAGGGGCUGAAGAGCUCCAUCAUCAACCUCAUUGAGGAAGCCUACACUGCUGCCAACAGCCACGCAGCCGAGCUGAGCCAGCUGUCAAUCCUCUUCAGGAACACUGUUUUCCAGUACCAGAAAACCGUCCAGGUCUUCCUGGAUGCUGCCAUUAAGUUCCUUAGGGAGACAGAGUUCAAGCUCCCUGGCUCUGAGGAAAUGACCACCCUGCCUGAGGUCCUCAAGCAGCUGACCACAGCCAUUGCCACUAUGGUUGAGCAGGCCAUCCAGGUGCUCGUAAAAAGCGCAGAGGCCUCCUUCAAUGCUCUGGUUGAUAUGAUCAGCAACAUCCAGGUCACUAUGCCAAUUGGUGAUGUGAUGACUGGAGCCCAAAUCAUAGAUAACAUGAGGGCCAACAUGAAGCAUGCUCUUGCCCAGCUUGUGGGUCUGGUGAAGCAUCUGGAGAGCCUUGACAUGGUCCUGGUGAAGCUUGGCGAGACCCUGAAGGUCAUCGUUGAGAAGGCCCAGGAGUUUGUCGACACUCUGAAGUCUGACUACCUGGAUGCCUUCGCUGUCUACUUCAACCCUCUGUAUGGUAACUUUGUCGGCGUGAUCAAGACCGUCCUGGACCAGGUAAAUACGUUGAACAUGGAGCAGGUGAACCACGCAAUUGAACACAUCAUGGAGAUGGUCAUGUCUGUGCUGAACCAGCUCAACCUCGCAAUCACUGGUCUUCUGCAGCAGGCUUCUGAUGAGGCUUUCGUGAAAGUUAGCGGCGGAAGGCUUGAGAUCAACCUUCCCUUUCCCUUCCACCAGUGAGAUACACUCACAGACUAAACCCUGAGUCUAUUAAACACUUCCAUCUGUUAAAAACAUAAUGCUACUCAGAGGGACAGGGCUGGAAAUGUACCUCAAACAAGUAUUUCAGCAUGUUUUUAAAGCCUUUAGGUAAACAUGCAGCUAUUAUUUUAUAAUUUUUGUGUAAAUGACAACUGGUACACUUACCAACAUAAAAAUGAAAUACUGUUGAGUCCUAUUUCCCUAUCUAUCUGUACCAUACAAGAUGCAAUAUGAGAGUACAAAUAAAUAACAUUUAUACAG